AUGGCUUCCCUCAUGCGCUCCUCCAUCCUGCGCCAGACGGCCAUGAGCCGUAGCGCUUUCGCUCAGCCUGCCAUGCGCAACACUGUUCUCCGCGCCGCUGCCCUGCACACCACCAGCAAGCGUCCAGCUUUCCUUCCUCCCGGGCCCCAGGUCAUCCAUGGAUCAGUCAACGAUCCUGCACCUGUUCCCCACGCCAACGCCGCCCACGGCUCGUACCACUGGGCUUUCGAGCGCCUCCUCGCUGCCUCUCUCGUUCCUCUGUCUAUCGCUCCCUUUGCUUCCGGCUCGCUCAACCCGACCCUCGAUGCCGUCCUGUGCUCGGCCCUGCUCCUACACUCUCACAUGGGCUUCCAGUCCGUCAUCAUCGACUACAUUCCCAAGCGCACAUAUGCCGGCCUCCACAAGAUCUUCAUGUGGGCUCUGAACAUUGCGACUGUCGCUGUUGGCGUAUCUCUAUACGAGUUUGAGACGAAUGAUGUUGGCGUCACCGAGACCAUCAAGCGCGUCUGGAAGGCCAGCUCCUAG